AUGUACAGCCGCGGCCCGCCCGCACGGCCCCAGCAGCUCCAGCCAGACCAGACCAGAGCCAGGAUGAAGUCCACGGGCAGCACCGCGCAGCCCGAAGCUUUCACCUCCGACGUGGACGACCUGGACAGCGGCAGCGCAAGCUCCGGCGUAAAGUCCACCGGCGGCUGCAGUCCGCGCAGAGAAUCAGGGGAGGCUGCAGAGGAGGAGGCAGCGGGUGGUGGUGGUUCUCUUGUCGGGGAAAGGGACAGGACGCACAGCGUGAACACGGCCUUCACGGCGCUCCGCACGCUCAUUCCCACCGAGCCGGCCGACAGAAAGCUGUCCAAGAUAGAGACGCUGCGCCUGGCCUCCAGCUACAUCUCCCACCUGGCUAACGUGCUGCUGCUGGGGGAGGACUGCCGGGACGGACAGCCCUGCGUCCGCUACCAGAGCAUCCUGCACGGGCGCACCGCGCUCAGCGCGCCCUCCCUGCGGCCCAUCUGCACGUUCUGCCUCAGCAAUCAGAGGAAACUGGUGAGUGACCAUUUACACGAUUUGAACCACGGCAAAUGCAAAACAGAGACACGCGUCUACAGAUCAGAUUUCAGUGUUGUGUCCUAAAAGAGAACGGUUUUGUGUAGCCUGAGCUCUGGCACACCGACAUAUGACGCCAGUC